AUGUCUCAGCCAUCAUUUUACGUCCUCUCGGAUGGGCAAAGGAAACAAUAUUCCUCACACGAUACAUCUCGGGCUGGCUUCCAUCACCAAGACCUGGCCACUUUCUGCGAGGAUGUAAACAGCGCUGCGAAGAGGGCUUUCCCAAACAGAGGACGAUCACGAUAUGAAACAGUCGACGCCUGUCUCAUACGCUGGGAAGAUGAUGAGCUAGGCGUUCAACAAGAACUCGAUGCUCUUAAUGAUGUGUUACAAGGCUACGGAUUCCUAACAAAUGUAUUUCUUAUUCCGAAGCUGAAUUCGCAUUGGGAUUUGAUGCGAAAGACUCUCGAUUUCAUCCAGGAUUGGGACAAUGACAAAAACCUCUUUGUCCUAUAUUACGCUGGGCAUGGAAGGAUAAAUAGCGCUCGACAGGCGGAGUGGGUGUUCGGCCAAGACCUCAAUUCUCCCUUCGUGGACUGGUCGGUAAUCCAGGGUCUUUUCGGGACCGCAAAAUCGGACGUUUUGAUUCUGCUAGACACCUGUGCUGCCGCGAGCUCAGCAAGAACAACUCAAUUUGCUAAGAGCACGCCCCCUGGAGAGUACUCUAUGACAUACACUCUUGUUGAUGUUCUUCGGGAUUGGAUCAACAAGCCAUCUUUCUCGGCAGCAUCCUUACACACCGAGAUACUCUUUCGACUCAAGCUCAAGGAAAAGAAGAAGAGACGUGACGGAGUACCACUGGAAUGGUGUAUGACGCCUAUUCACUGGAUAAAUGCAAAGGACUGCAAGGCAGUCGGAAUCAAGAUCUGUAGACGAAAUGUACGGCCCCUCCCCUCGACAACUUCAGAUUCGUCAUCAGAAGAAGAACAGCCGUCAACAUUCGUUGAUGCGAUGGACAUAGACUUUGAUGACGCAAAUUCAUCUUUAACUCCAUUAUCGUCCGUCUCUUCUACAGGAUGUUGCAAGGUCCCACAUGUCCUGAUUACACUUCAGUUGGAUGAAAAUCAGUCUUUAGAUACUGGACAGACGGCUCGGUGGCUGGAUAGGUUGCCAUUACUAGCGAAAUGGGCCAAAGUCGAGGCUGUCUUUCCUAGCUAUUCAACUUUGAUCAUAAUGUCGGUGCCUCUUCCGAUAUGGGAUAUGCUGCCGGAUCAUCCUGCCUGUUCAUUCAUUGAAUACGUCAAUGGGCCAAGUGUUGGUUGCCCAUCGAGGUCUGAGGCAAAACCCUCGGCGUUAUCGUUGUCAACUCCCAUGGAAGGAGACAAUACGACGAGCUUCGAUAGUCCAGGGACUCGUCAACUAUCUAUAAAGAGGAUCGAAUCCUCCACAUUGAUAGGUCAAUGCUCGAAACCAGAGACACCACCGGCCGAUAUUGGCUCUUCGUCAAGCAUCAAAGUUCCAAGAGAUACCAUGCGGGAGCGCGCAGCACGAGAAGGUAGGAAUACGACGACAGUGACACCAACCGUAAAGGAACGUAAACUGAGACGUCCUCACACGCCAAGUUCAGUUUCCAUGUUUACUCCCAGUUCAUAUCCGGAUCCCAAACCGCAGAAUAAUGACUCCCAUGGAUCUCCGCUCAAAGGGCCUUCAGGCUUUGCAUUCGGUGAUGUUCCGAUCCCGAAGCCAGUCCAGAACUCCCAGCAGCUAAGGGUAGGGGAUGUGGUUAGAGUGCGUACGUUCUAUUUCACUCGGUUCUGGAAUAUGGGACAAAGUGAUUAUGAAGAGAUGGCAAAUGCACUUUUGAAGCUAGAAGAACUAAAAGAGCUAACACACCGAUCCGACUUAGCUAUGUGGCUACCGCUAAUUACAGCUGAGAAAAAAAAACUUGACUCUCGUGAGUCUGCUCUGACGGCAGCACGCAUCGGUUUCGCGGCCGAAAUUCUUCGUAUAAUUAUUACACCCACCUUGCAGCAAAAACACGUACUUCCAAAGUCUGGUCUUAAUGUGAAAAGGCUAGAGGAAGUGACGAUGGAGGCAAUGGCUAAUUGGUUUAAUGACGAAGAGCACCCCGAAAAUGCUGAAGAGAAACUCAUCGUGGAGGAAAUAUUCAAGGUCGCAAGAGCGGAGGAAAGAUGCAGACAUGGAGAACUGGAUGAUUUCUUGGCACGAAGCUCCGACGAAUUGACCUUAUCGAAAGGGGAUCUCAUCGAGCUGAUUGAAAGGGAUGAUAACUUUGGCGACAGAUGGUACUUGGGACGAAGUUUAAAAAAUGGAAUUAGUGGUCUUUUCCCGGAAGUAUAUACGAGGUCUACGACCCGCGAGCCCCCUUCAUACCAACCAAAGCUCAACCGCGAACCGAUAUUGCAGGAAUCACCUAUAAAAAAGGCCACCCCAGAAUCCGGUCAGGCAGCAACUAACUAG